AUGCUCCGUGGUUUCUGCAAAGUUGUCGGAAUACGAGACAUCCGUUUUGCCGAGGGGAGAAUGGAUACAACGGGUACCUACGGAGUACGAAAAAUUGGAAAGUAG